UAUGUUCUUUGUUGAGUGUAUCCUUCAUUUUGUGCACAUUGCAGGUGACAUGGGAUCUAAACGGCAUUUUGAUGAGGAGGAGUUUCUGGAGUUUUCCUUUAAGCAUCCAAAACAACAUGACUGCGGUGAUAAGGUGGCUUCAUUUGCAGGUGCAGCCGAGGGCAUUUUUUGUAAAUCUCAAUUUAGCAAGGAGCCUAAAAAUGACAGUGUGAAUGCUUUCUCAAAUUCGAUUGAUAAGGAGGUUGACAGCAGUGCACCUUUAUCAUGGGGCAGCAGCCCAACUAAUGAGGAAGACACUGGAUCCGGGGCAGCAUUUUGCCCAUCUUUUUCUCGACAAUAUUUUGAAUUCGAGUUUCCAACCUUCAUUCAGUUUGAGGACUCAUUUUCAUCUAUGUUGCAUUCCUCUCCAAGAAAAGAGGUUCCUGUUGGACCAGAUCAUCAGGCUGAUGUGCCAGCAUGGGAGCCAGAAGUAAUCAAGAAACAUCCUAUGGGUUGUGGUGAUAUUGUUGACAUUGACAAGGAGGAGCAGCUGAUGGGAGCUUAUGUUAUUACAAUGCCGGGCUUAAAUUCAUCUGCUCAUGAUGGUGUAAAGGCUGGAAAUGGCAGACAUCAUUGUAGCUGCCCUGAUGAAGGAUCUAUUAGGUGUGUGCAACAGCAUUGCAAGGAAUUCCGGGAGAAAUUAAGAGAAACAAUUGGGCUUGAGAAGUUUGUCAAUUUGGGAUUCUCCGACAUGGGAGAGGAGGUAGCACACUCGUGGACUAAAGAAGAAGAAGAUGUGUUUCAUGAGGUGGUUUAUCUGAAUCCUGCGUCCCUUGGUAAGAAUUUUUGGUGGUACUUUCCACUUAAGUUCCCAUCUAGAACAAAAAAGGAGCUUGUUAGCUAUUAUUUCAAUGUUUUUUUGCUUCGAAGGCGGGCUGUUCAGAACAGAUCAAACUUGCUGGAGAUUGACAGUGAUGAUGAUGAAUGGCAGGGAAGUGAUGUUGGAGGCCUCUUUGCAGUUGAGCCUUUUUUUGAUCAAGAUGGCUGGGUUGAGCAUUCGGAUCAAUCCCCAGAUGAAACUGGCAAUGAUGACGAUGACAAUGGUGAUGGGAAUGCCGAGGAGAUAGCUGGUGUUGCAGAUACUACUGAGGGGGAUAUUGAAGUACAAAUUGAGAAGUCGACUGCCCACAAAAGUUUUAGUUCAAGUGACGGGUUUGGUUCUGGAUAUGCAUCAGACCCUUGUGAUGCUAAGGUUUGGGAUGCCAAAUCCUCAACGGGUCCAAUGAAAGGUGUUGAUCUCCUACCUGCAUGCAACAUGAUUGAAGAGAUUUGUGGACCAUGCACUUGGGACAGCAAGUCGAGCAAGGACAAACAUUAGCUCGUAGCUAUCUAAGAUGGGCACUUCACAGUAUACCUUGCGUUUUCAUUGCAGUGUUGGUGGGAUCCAAUAAUGCUUGUCAAAUUGUUCGGUGACUGCAGCACAGGAACUUCCAGUUUUGCGUAUGUACAUACAUUCUGCGGAAUUUAUCUAUAUUUGUAGGAAGUGGGUGGGCAAGAAGGGCCUGGUCAUUUUUGGGGUUUCACCAAACCAUAAGUUGCAGAAGUCACCAGGAAAGCAAAUAGGGCUCGAUCAAUGAAUUGUUGAAUAUAGCCUUUGGUGAGGAUGACACUACUGAAGUGAAGUGAAAUCUUUCUUGCCAUGUGACAUUUAACUUUGCUAAAUGUCAUACAUGGCCAAUUACUAUUCUCUUUCAAAGCAUUUGAGCAGAUUAAGGAUCUUGAAUUUUGUUGGGUUUGCCUUGCAAAAUACAAAGAAGCCUUCUCCGAUUCUCCGAUAAAUGAAGCAAUAUAGCAAAGCUGUUGCAGAGCUGUGGAACCUAUCCAAGGCCCUCCCUUUGCUAUGUGUAGAAUAGUCAAGUAUGCUAAAGGUGAUAGUUGAGUUCAACGGAAAGAAACUAAAGCAAGAAACAAGCCGAUCUACCAAUCAAGUCGAUAAAUUUAUGUAUUUCGCCCUUAUGCUGAUAGUUGAGUGCACAAGAAAGAAACUUGUCGUGAAGUUUCUAUGAUUGAGAUGCAUUAUUGUUAGUGAUUAUUUUUUU